AUGACUUGCGAUUUAUGCAUCAUCGCGUCCCAUAGAGAACGCCGUGUCGACAGCAGCACACAAGCUGAUAGUGAUGGCAUGAAUUGCAUCCAGAUUCCGCGGUCUCGGCUGUAUCCUCAAUCACAGCACCCACCGAAGAAUCAGACGCCGAAUCAUCAGACAGUGUAUACUCAAAAGAGCUUUCGGAUUUGGCAUCGUCUGAACAACAACAGCCAUUUGGCCUGGCCUCAGUCCGAGGAGGCGGAGCAGGUCGUUUGCAAGUACACUUCAUAUGGGGACUGGCUGCUCUGGGUAUCUCCAUUGGGUGAUGCGAGCAGCCCAUUGCUGGAGUUGGAGCCGGAGCCGGAGAGUGACACGAGCGAUGGUAAUGUUCCUGGUGAUGCGUCAUUCCGUGGACAUUCGGAGUCGAAGGAUAAUAUUGGCAAUGAGUCAGCGAUGCUGCUGCCGUUCCUGCAGAUUGUGAAGCACAAUGACAUGGGGAUGCUGGAGUAG